GCCGCGGCCCUGCGGGUGGGGGCUCCGGUCCGGGCUUUGGCUGCGGCCCCGGUGUAGUAGCGGGGGCGGCGGCCGGGGGCAGCGCGGCUCCUUCCCUUGUUGUGUGUGUCGGUGCCUCCUCGCCAUCUUGUUGCAAAGCCUUUUCUUGUCGGCGGGACUCCUGGGGGCCGCGGGGCGGGAGGCAUUAGAAGAGAAGAAGAGAGGGAGAAGGAGGGAGGCAGUGCCGCCUCUUUUUUUUUUUUUGCAUCAAAUUUUUAAAAAUUUGCAAAUUACAUUUCGCAAAUAUUUUGGGAGACAUUGAUUUUUCUCCCCGUGCUUUCUCGUUCUUCCUUGUGGAGUGCGUUGCGUCGCCCAGCCCUGUCGUCCCCCGGAGGUGACCCCUCCCUCCUGCCUGCCCGCCAGCCUGACCUGUGCCCGGCUCGCGGGCCGCAGUCUCGGCCCAGGCGCGCCCCCGGCAGCUCUUGACGCGAUGAGCAUAGAGACGCUACUGGAGGCGGCCCGCUUCCUGGAAUGGCAAGCACAGCAACAACAGAGAGCACGUGAGGAGCAGGAGCGGCUUCGCUUGGAGCGGGAGCGGGAGCAGGAACAGAAGAAGGCCAGCAGCCUGGCUAGGCUGGCCCAUGCCCUGCCUGUGGAGGAACCCCAAAUUGAGGCACCGCCCCUGCCUCUGUCGCCCCCAGCACCCCCACCUGCACCCCCACCCCCACUUGCCACUCCCACCCCACUGACUGUCAUUCCUAUUCCAGUAGUGACCAACUCCCCUCAGCCUCUGCCCCCAGCCCCACCACUGCCCCCUGCAGCCCAGCCUCUGCCCCUGGCGCCUCGCCAGCCAGCCCUGGUUAGCACCCCUGGACUCAGCAUUAAGGAGCCUGCUUCCCUGCCCACCAGGCCACAGGUGCCUACCCCUGCUCCCCUACUGCCAGACUCCAAGACCACCCUUCCGCCUACUGGCAGCCCCAAGCCUUUGCAGCCCCUCCCCACACCCAUCCUGACCAUAGCACCACACCCUGGAGUCCAGCCCCAGCUGGCCCCCCAGCAGCCACCCCCACCCACUCUUGGGACCCUGAAGUUGGCUCCAGCUGAAGAAGUCAAAUCCGGCGAACAGAAGAAGAGGCCUGGGGGGAUCGGAACCAGAGAAGUCCACAACAAAUUGGAGAAAAACAGGAGGGCCCACUUGAAGGAAUGCUUUGAGACCCUGAAGCGAAACAUCCCCAACGUGGACGACAAGAAGACAUCGAAUUUGAGCGUGCUGCGGACGGCACUGCGGUACAUCCAGUCCCUGAAAAGGAAGGAGAAGGAAUAUGAGCAUGAGAUGGAGCGGCUGGCACGGGAGAAGAUUGCCACGCAGCAGCGGUUGGCAGAGCUCAAGCACGAGCUGAGCCAGUGGAUGGACGUGCUAGAGAUCGACCGCGUGCUCCGGCAGACGGGCCAACCUGAAGAUGACCAGGCCUCCACCUCUACUGCCUCUGAGGGUGAGGACAACAUAGACGAGGAUAUGGAAGAGGACCAGGCUGGCCUGGGCCCACCUAAGCUGAGCCAUCGCCCUCACCCGGAGCUGUCGAAGCCACCACCCAGCACUGCCCCUGCGCCUCUGCCUCCCCACCCACAUCCCCACUCCCAGCCUGUGGCCCUGUCUCCUGCCCAUCUCCCGGGGCAGCAGCCUCCGUCACAGCAGAAGACACCUCUGCCGGCCCCUCCUCCCCCACCAGCUGCCCCUGCCCAGACGCUGGUGCCCGCUCCAGCCCAUCUGGUGGCUGCGGCUGGAGGAGGCUCCACAGUCAUUGCCCACACAGCCACCACCCAUGCCUCAGUCAUCCAGACUGUGAACCAUGUUCUUCAGGGGCCAGGCGGCAAGCACAUCGCCCACAUCGCCCCCUCGGCCCCCAGCCCUGCUGUGCAGCUGGCACCUGCCACACCCCCCAUUGGCCACAUCACAGUGCAUCCUGCUACCCUUAACCACGUGGCCCACCUUGGCUCCCAGCUGCCCCUGUAUCCGCAGCCUGUGGCGGUGAGCCAGCCUGUGGCGGUGAGCCACAUCGCCCACACUCUCUCACACCAGCAAGUGAAUGGCACAGCCGGGCUGGGGCCCCCUGCCACUGUCAUGGCAAAGCCAGCCGUGGGGGCUCAGGUGGUACACCACCCCCAAUUGGUGGGCCAGACAGUGCUCAACCCUGUGACCAUGGUCACCAUGCCCUCCUUCCCAGUCAGCACACUCAAGCUGGCUUGAGGAUGAGGCCACUCAGAAGCCCCCAGUGGGGGCAAGGAGGGGAACCUGUCCCCCACUCUCCCACCAGCUCCACACAUUCCAGCCAGGCCUACCCCACCCACACCCACCCCCAGGCCUCCUAGGGGAAGGGGGUGCAGAGACUCUGAGCCAGGGGAGGGCGGGGCCACCCCAGGGAGCUGGGCACAAGGCAGGGGGUUACCCCGCUGCACUAAGACUUGACAAAGUAAUGAGAGACUCUGGUGGACUUGCCGCCUGUCUGGCCUGGUGCCGUUCCUGUCUCCCUAUCCUGUCCCCUGAAACCAGUGUGAUGUGGAUGUCUUGUUCUCCAGCUUCUCCCUCUCCUGCUGCCUUCCUGUGCUGCUGCUGCUGCUAUUGCUCUGUCUGAUGAGGUGGCUGAGCACCUGGGCCCUCCCCUCCCAAGCCUCAGCCCUCUCUUCCCAAGCCUUUGGAGGGGAGAGUGGGGAAGCUGAACUGAAGUAACUUGGCCCAGAAAGUUGGGGACCUCUUUGAGUCCCACUCUGAGUAUAGGUGACAAAUCCUAGGAAGUGGCUGGUCUGAUAGUUGGGUGCCCUACCUUGGGGCUCUCCAACCCAGUUGCAGUCACUCUGAUUUCUUACAGCAGAAACUGUUAAGAUGAUUAUCAACAGUAAACCAAACCCAAACUGUUGCCAAGCUUCCAAGGUCCCCCAACCCUAGCCACUGGGCUCCUGACCUCAGGAGGGCAGGCUGAGAGUGGGGCAGGGAGGGAGGGGCUUGGCUGCCCCCAUCUUUCCUGUCCCUCCCCAUCUCUGGGCAUAGCUCUUGGCUUCCACAAGGCAGAGAGGAGUGGUGCUGUCAUUCACUCCCCUGAUUUCUUGGUCUCUGCUCAGUGCUCUGCACUCCUCCAAGGUAUAGGUGUACCUGGAUGCCUCAUGCCGCCUGGGAGACGGGACAGCAUCAGGUCUGGGUUCCAGAAGCCUGAAGCCACACUGUUGGGGCGAUCAGGAAGUUAAAAUCCAGGGGUUCCAUUAGAGCUCCCAACCCUUUCCCAAAUAGGCCCUGGGGACCUGUAGAGAGGGAGCAAGGCCAGACUGUUACAGGGCUGCUGCUUCUGCCCCAACUUCUCCGUCUUGCGCCAUCUCUUUCCCCUGAAUGUCCCCCCUUUUCCAGUGCGCUGUUUUGAGUGUACCCUCCCUGGUGGGGGGCUUCUGUGUGCCACUGCCUUUCUCUGAGGAAAGGUCCUUAGUUGGGCCAAGGGUAAGACAGAGCUCGAGAGGGGAGUGAGAGGGGCUUGUGUGCAGGGGAUGCUACUUCCCUGUCUCUGCCUUGGCAGACUGCUUUGGCUUCUCUUUUUAUGUGGGUAUUUAUUACAAGUGGCCUUGUGUCAGACACAUUCAGUUAUACACACGUGCACACUUGGCUUCCCUCCUGGACACUCAUCAAUGGCCUUUCAGUGUGGGGGUUGGAAGCUAGUGUCCCUAGGUGUGAAGUUUGCACUGACAGGCUGGUGGGUGGGGUGAGCAUGGGGGCCCAGGAUCCUCUGGAGUAGCCCUAGCAAAGGUCCUAAAUGGAUUUAGAUGCCUAAGAACUCCCUUUCAGUUCCUUCCUGGUCCUGGAGACCUCCCAGGGGACUGUUUUCUUCUCAUUUGUCUCUCCUGGAGGUGGGGAAAAGGAAGGCCUAUUGAUGCCUUAGAGACCUCCAGGAGGGAGCCCCACACUGCCCCACACAGUGCUCCCACCUCACAAGCUUGCUGCCUUCCUGUGCCUGCAGCCGCCGCCGCCACCACCACCACCACCACCACCCCCCCUCCUGGUUCUCCAGGGAGCCAGUUUCACUCUUCCUAGUGUGAUUACAAUGGAAAGAACAGGUAGAUGGGCAGGCCAGGCGCCCAGGGAACAGAGAAGCAUUGGUGAGACCUGCCUGUCCUCAGCUCUGUUCACCUCCCUGUAUCCUGAGGCCGGUCCAGAGUUGAAACUUGUGAAGGCCUGCAGAUACCUCAUCCGCCCGCCGCCCCUGCCCCUCCCUGCCCCCAGCAGUGAGGGCCUCUGAAUCUAGUGCCGAAUGACUAUGUCCAGAUUGGUGAUGAUGGGUGUUGUAGCUGUUGUUUUUGUUGUCGUUAGUGAAUGCUGUGACGCUGUGUGCCCUAGAGGGCAGCCGCCACCCAGCCCUUCCUUGGGUCUCCCUUCUGAGAGUUGUCAGGACCACAUCUGUCCUCGCCCUGUGGGACCGCCUGCCCCUCCCCUCCCUAGCCCUUCCAGCCUGGGGGACACGCGUGUGUGCACAUGCGCGCACACACACACACACACACACACAUCUUACCUCUCAUGCGUGUUUUACUUUUUGAUGUUAAGAGUGGCUCACUGGCUGGGAGUCUUUACCUCGGGGAGAGGGGGAGGUUGGUUCCUUGGGGGGGCAAAGAAGGGCAGGGAAUGCCUGGAGAAGAAUUAAGGGUCACCAUAACCCCUGCUCUCUCCAGGAACAGCUUCUUCUCCCCCAUCCCAGGGUCCCACCCCCAUCCCCCCAAGAGGUGGCCCUUGUUUACAGUGAGGACUCGGUCACUGUGUCUCCGUUUCUUGAAAUAUAAACUGUAGUGACCCCAGACUGUAGAGAUUUUUAUGUGUUUGGAUACAUCUGCUGUGUGGGAAAAAAAAAAAAACCCUAAUUUUGUACAUAUUGUAUUUUUACUAUUGAACUGUAUUCUAGUGGCUGUUCAUGCUCCAAGACUUUAGGUAUUGAGACAUGAAUACUAUCCAUGUAAUAAGCACUUGCCUGUAAUAAAAUAUAAAAUUGAAAUAAACCUGCACUGAAACCUGA